AUGGAUCUAUCAGAUAAGGCCUGCGAUUUCUGUAGGAAACGAAAACUUAGGUGCACGAGAGAAAAACCGCAAUGCUCCAAGUGUAUUCAGUACUUAAAAUCGUGUAGUUACACCCCACGCAAACGAAGGUUUAUGGUAUCUAAAAACCACUAUCACCAGUUACAAAAUCGAAUCAGAAUAUUAGAAAAGGCUUUGUCGACAGUUGUUAAAUCUGACGAUGAAGUCAAGCUGUUGAUCAAAAUAGUAUCUGAUGAUAAUUCUAUCCAAUCUAACAGUGGCUAUGACGAGGAGAAUGGAAUUGAUAAUUUGAGGAAUGGCGGUAAAUCACGGCCUGCUAUGAAUAUUAAGCAGAACGAAGAAACUAUAAAUAUAGUAUCUGAUGAAGAUUCUUUGUUGAACGAAGAUUUUAAUGGUGUGGAACAUCUUUACUGGCAUGAAAACGAUUCAAAUUCAGAUAAUGAUUUUGCGACAAAUAAAUCAGCGAACCCCGAAGAUUUACCAGAGAAGUCAUUUAUUAUUCCUAAAGGUUUCAUCGAUGGUAUGGGAGCAUUGUCAAUAGAUGGAGAAUACAAAAAUACUACGUACUACGGAAUAUUUUCUAGUAAUGGUGUUUUGAAAAUCUUACUGAAACUAGAUAAGCAAAAUAACGAUGUUACAAACUUUUCAAACUAUAUCUCUAAGUCUUCCAUAUACAAUCAAAAUAACAUCAAUCUAAUGAAAAGCCAGUAUUCAGAAAUCUUAUUGAAUGAUAAUGAUUUUAGAAUGGACCUUAUUACAUCAUAUUUCGAGACUUACCAUACUAUGUACCCUAUUCUACAGAAAAGUGGCUUUAUUAAAAAAUAUGAAUCGUUUAAAACGCAUUCCAAGGAAGACAUAAAUUCUAUAAAGGACAUUUCAUUUCAAGUUUUGAUAGACACUGUAUUGGCUAUUGGUGCAUUUUGCAAGUUAGGGGAGUCGUCGAUAAUAGAUUUAUUGUACUAUAAAAGAGUAAAAAUGGGGUUACAAAGGAUAGACUUAAUGGAGUGCGCUUGCUAUCAUUUAUUAGAAGUUUGUGCAUUGUUAGGGAAUUAUAUUCAAAAAAGGAAUAAGCCUAACACUGGUGGAAAUUAUUUUGGAUUAAGCUUUAGGAUGGCAAUUAGCUUCGGGCUACACAAAGAGAUGAAUUUAAACCAGAACAAUUCUUCAGGUCUGGAAUUUUACUUAAUGGUAGAAAGAAGGAGAAGAUUAUGGUGGAUCCUUUAUUUGUUUGACGUUGGACAUAGUAUUACUUUUGGAAGGCCGAUACAUUUACCAAAUUUCGAAUCCAUAAAUAUCAGAUUCCCUUUAAAUAUAGAGGAUUCUGAGGUUGAAAAACUGAGUGAUAGUAUAUCCAUUGAAUCAUUCAUUAAAACAUACCCUACAAUCUACGCUGGAUUAAAAGAGGAAGCGAAGUUUUCUGUUAUUUCAUAUAAAGUGUACUCUUGUUUAACGAAUCUAUCCAAAGCUAAUGUUGACAUUUGCGAAAGAAUAUCUGAACUAAUUGAUUUGAACAAUUCAAUUGACAGAUAUAUAUCGUCUUUACCCUGCUAUUUCAAUGAAGAUGAUAAAAUAGUCGAGAAAGCUUUAGAAAAAUUUUGUCCUCCAGAAUGGUUUAGAAUUAACGUAGAUGGUACAGCGAGUAUCCCAAAGUGGUUUGAAUUUAGAAGAAAAAAGCUUAUAUGGAAAUAUAAAAAUCUUCAAAUUUUAAUGUUUAGAAACUUUAUUUGGGAAACUUCAGAAGUAUUCAAGAACGAUGAAAAUAUUAAAAAGUAUGAAUCUGAUUUGAGUACCAAGGAUCUAAUAGAUUCAAGUAUUAAAUUUUGUUCUAAUGCAGCGCGAGAAACAAUAUAUUCCAUUGAUUAUUUUGUAUCACAGUGUGAAUUGGACACUCUUUCAUCUUGGUACGCGACAUAUUAUAUAUUUCAAGCAGUUUUAAUAUCGAUACUUUUAUUAUACAAAGGUAUACAUUGCAGGUCUGGUCAAAAUAUCGAUAUAUGGUUAGAAGAAAUAGAGAUAACUAAGACUACUUUAAAUCAACUUGAAAAGUAUAACGGCUUGGCAAGUAAUUUAAUUGAUAAGAUUAAUAUAUUAACUAUACCAAUAAUAGAAGUUUUAAAGAAAAAUAAGCCUCAGCAAGAUGAAGAAAAUCUAAUGAAUGAGAAUACAGAAGACAUAUUUGAUUUUGAUUUCAAUAACUUGCCAUCGACUGCUGUUACUUUAUUUUCAAAUGUUGGAAUCGACUUUGAUUCUGCUGCGGAGGGAAUGGUUAUGUCAAAUAUAAAUAGCUGUACUUUUGAGGAUAUGAACACUCAAAAUGAUCAUAUUGGACUGCAAUGGGGUCAAGAAAGGGAUCCUAGUGUUGAAGACAAUUCGUUCGAAAACAUUUUUUAG